AGGUAUCGGGAAAGGUUACUGGACAACCGCAAUCGGGUAGUGGAGGAGCUCAUGAAAGAAGAUCCCACCUUCAAGCCACCGGCAGACUACAGGCCAAAGAAAUACUGGAAGAAGGUGUACAUCCCUCAGGACGCAUUCCCCACUUACAACUUUAUCGGUCUCAUCAUCGGUCCACGCGGUAACACGCAGAAGCGGAUGCAGAAGGAGACUAACACCAAAAUCGCCAUCAGGGGUCGCGGUUCUGUGAAGGAAGGCGCUUCCCGCGACCCUAAGUACGACUACGGUGAGGACGAGGAGCUACACGUACUUAUCACGGGGGAGCGGCAGGACGACGUAAGCGCAGGAGCUAGGUGCCAUUGCAAACACACAUGUGGUUGCUGA